GGGGAGGGGCUUCCCCGCAUUAAGAUGCAAAGCGGCGCGCCGCCCUCCCCAGACGCCCCGGCCCCAAGCGCGCGCCCGCCCAACUUUCUUUCCGGCCAGAAGUUCCUCUCGCGCUCGGCCGACGCCCGCCCAGGAGUCCCGCAGCGGAGCGUGCCGGCCGGCCGGUGGGCAGACGGGCCAGCCCAGCACCUGAACAGCCCUGCCCGGCCCGCGGGCCAAGGAAGCCGGGCGCCUCGACGGUCCCGCCAGCCAGCCAGCCAGCCAGCCAGCCAGCCGUCCGGCGGAAGGGGCGCGCGCGGCACCGCCUUCAGAGCCCCCCACCGGGCCGGUCGAGCGAGUGGGGCGCCUGGGAGCGCAGCCAUGCCCCGCCGCGUCUCUGCCCCCCUCCUGCUCCCGCUGCUGCUGCUGCUGCUGCUGCUGCCGGGGCUGAGCCGAGCUCUCCGAUGCACCCUGUCUUUUGAAUCCUGCUUGAAUGGAGGAAAGUGUGAAAUGUUUCCCAAUGGAACAGGGUUGUGCUUGUGCCCCAACAAUUUCAUCGGCAACCGCUGCCAGCUGCCAAACCCCUGCCUCAGCUCUCCCUGCAAGAAUGCUGGCAUCUGCCGUGCCGUUGUCCGCGAUAACACUGUGGACUACACUUGCACGUGCCGCCUGGGCUUCACUGACCGACUUUGCCUGACUCCUGAGGAGAACGUCUGCCUCAGCAGCCCCUGCCGCAAUGGAGGGACCUGUGAACUCCUCACGCUGACAGCUUACAAAUGCCGCUGCCCCCCAGGCUGGUCAGGUAAGACCUGCCAACAGGCAGAUCCGUGUGCCUCCAACCCCUGUGCCAAUGGUGGCCAGUGUGUGCCUUUCGAGUCAAGCUAUGUGUGCAAGUGUACACCAGGCUUCCAUGGAGCCAACUGCAAGGAAGAUAUCAAUGAAUGCAGCCGCACAACACCCAUCUGCAAGAAUGGUGGGACCUGCAUCAAUGAGAUCGGCUCCUUCCAGUGCCUCUGCAGGCAGGCAUAUACAGGCCAAAACUGCGAACACCUCUAUGUGCCUUGCGAUCCCUCCCCCUGCCAGAAUGGGGGCACCUGUCGCCAGACUGGGGACACCACCUACGAAUGCACCUGCCUUCCAGGUUUUACUGGCCAAAAUUGUGAGGAAAAUCUUGAUGAUUGCCCAGGAAACAGCUGCAAGAAUGGAGGCACCUGCGUGGACGGGGUGAACACCUACAACUGUCAGUGCUUGCCUGAAUGGACAGGCCAGUACUGCACUGAAGAUGUGGAUGAAUGCCAACUGAUGCCCAAUGCUUGCCAGAAUGGUGGCACCUGCCACAACACCCAUGGCGACUACAAUUGUGUUUGUGUCAAUGGCUGGACAGGAGAGGAUUGCAGUGAGAACAUCGAUGACUGUGCCAGCGCAGCCUGCUUCUCAGGGGCCACCUGUCACGAUCGUGUGGCUUCCUUCUACUGUGAAUGCCCACAUGGACGAACAGGUUUGUUGUGCCACCUUGAUGACGCUUGUAUCAGCAAUCCAUGUAACGAAGGGUCCAACUGCGACACAAACCCUGUCACUGGAAGGGCCAUCUGCACCUGCCCGUCAGGCUACAUGGGGCCUGCUUGCAACCAGGAUGUGGAUGAAUGUUCACUGGGGGCCAAUUUAGCCAGGCAUGCAGGGAAAUGCCUCAACACGGAGGGCUCCUUCCAGUGUCAGUUUACUUACUUAGAGGACUACUCCGGACCUCGGUGCGAGAAUUGGCGAUCAGUGAAGUUAUCUUCAAACCCGUGCCAGAGCAGUACCGCUGGUUUGGACCAGAUUGGAGUGUUCCACUGUAUUUGCAUGCCAGAUGUGCCAGCAGCGGCCUGUCCUCCGCUGGUUGGGAUCUGCGUUGGACAAAGAUCAACGAUUUUGGGUUUAGAGUUACCCCUAGGCUUUAGCGGCCACCUGUGCCAGCAUGACAUUGACGAGUGUGCCAGCACGCCCUGCAAGAACGGAGCCAAGUGUGUGGACGGCCCCAACUCCUAUGCCUGUGAAUGUGCAGAAGGUUUCGCUGGUCUCCACUGUGAAACAGACAUCGACGAAUGUGACCCAGACCCCUGCCACUACGGGGCCUGCCACGAUGGCAUUGCCACCUUCACGUGCCUCUGCCAGCCUGGUUAUACUGGCCACCGCUGUGAUAUCAACGUGAAUGAGUGCCAGAGCCAGCCUUGUAAGAACGGAGGGACUUGCCAGGACAGAAACAACGCUUACCAUUGUUUGUGCCUCAAAGGGACCACAGGGCCCAAUUGUGAAAUCAACCUGGACGACUGUGCCAGCAACCCUUGCGACUAUGGCAGAUGUCUAGACAAGAUCAACGGUUAUGAGUGCACCUGCGAACCAGGAUACACAGGGAUAAUGUGCAACGUCAACAUCGACGAAUGUGCCAGCAACCCUUGCCACAACGGUGGCACAUGCAAGGACAGCAUCAACGGGUUCAUUUGUCUCUGCCGGGAAGGCUUCCAUGAUGCCACGUGCCUGUCAGAAGUGAAUGAGUGCAACAGCAACCCCUGUAUCCACGGGAAGUGUAAUGAUGGGCUAAACGGCUACAAGUGUGACUGUGAUCCUGGCUGGAGUGGUACAAACUGUGACAUCAACAACAAUGAGUGUGAAUCCAACCCUUGCAUGAAUGGUGGCACCUGCAAAGAUAUGACCAGUGGCUACAUCUGCACCUGUCGAGAAGGAUUCAGUGGUCCCAACUGCCAAACCAAUAUCAAUGAAUGUGCUUCCAACCCUUGCCUGAAUCAAGGAACUUGCAUUGAUGAUGUUGCCGGUUAUCAGUGCAGCUGCCUGCUACCCUACACCGGGUCCACAUGCGAGAACGUUCUGGCUCCUUGCGCAGAUGCUCCCUGUAAGAAUGGUGGGGAAUGCAGAGAGUCCGAAGACUACAAGAGCUUCUCGUGUGCCUGUCCUGCAGGGUGGCAAGGACAAACUUGUGAGAUUGACAUUAAUGAAUGUGUGAAGAGCCCCUGCCUGAAUGGUGCUACAUGUCAGAACACAAACGGGAGCUUUCGCUGCAUCUGCCAGGCCGGGUUCAAAGGCCCCAGCUGUGAGACAGACAUCGACAAUUGCCAUCCCAACCCGUGCCACAACGGGGGCUCCUGCUCCGAUGGUGUCAACGCUUUCUUCUGCGACUGCCAGGCAGGAUUCCAGGGUCCCAAGUGUGAGGAGGACAUCAACGAGUGUGCCAGCAACCCCUGCAAGAACGGGGCCAACUGCACAGACUGUGUUGACAGCUACACCUGUACCUGUCCCUCUGGCUUCAGUGGAUUCCACUGUGAGAACAACACACCUGACUGCACAGAAAGCUCCUGCUUCAAUGGGGGAACGUGUGUGGAUGGAAUCAACACCUUCACUUGCCUGUGCCCACCUGGCUUCACUGGCAUCUACUGUGAGCAUGACAUCAAUGAGUGUGACUCCAAGCCUUGCCUGAACGGGGGCACCUGCCAGGACACCUAUGGGACCUACAAGUGCAGUUGCCCUCAGGGCUACAUGGGCCUCAAUUGCCAGAACCUGGUGCGCUGGUGUGACUCCUCCCCCUGCAGAAAUGGUGGGAACUGCCUGCAGAAAGGCACCCUGUACCGCUGCGCAUGCCCCAGGGGCUGGACGGGCCUGUACUGUGACGUCCCCAACGUCUCCUGCGAGGUGGCAGCCAAGCAGCAAGGCAUGGACGUAGCACACCUGUGCAGGAACUCAGGUCUGUGCGUGGAUACAGGCAACACACACUUCUGCCACUGCCAAGCCGGCUACACUGGCAGCUACUGCGAGGAGCAGGUGGACGAGUGCUCCCCGAGUCCAUGUCAGAACGGGGCCACCUGCACUGACUACCUUGGAGGCUACUCAUGUGAGUGUGUCCCUGGCUAUCACGGCAUUAAUUGCUCGGAGGAGGUCAACGAAUGCUUUUCUCAGCCCUGCCAAAAUGGAGGAACGUGCAUUGACCUUAUCAACACCUACAAAUGUUCUUGUCCUCGAGGAACUCAAGGGGUGCACUGUGAAAUCAACGUGGAUGAUUGCAGCCCCUUCUUUGAUGCCCACACCUUGGCGCCCAAGUGCUUCAACAAUGGGAAAUGUGUGGAUAAGGUCGGCAGCUACACCUGCAUUUGCUCACCGGGCUUUGUAGGAGAGCGCUGCGAGGGGGACGUGAACGAGUGCCUCUCCAACCCAUGUGACCAACGCGGGACCCAGAACUGCGUGCAGCGCAUCAACGACUACAUCUGCGAGUGCCGCCCGGGCUAUUUGGGACGGCACUGUGAGAGCGUGUUGGAUGGCUGUCGAAAUGAGCCCUGCAGUAACGGAGGGACGUGCGCAGUUGCCAGCAACACUCAGCACGGCUACAUUUGCAGAUGCCCCCCAGGCUUUGAAGGGGCUACUUGUGAAAAUGACUCACACAGCUGUGGGGCCCUCCGCUGCCUGAAUGGCGGCACCUGCGUGUCCCCCUCCAAGGGCUCCAAGUGCGCGUGUGCGCUGGGCUUCACGGGCCCUAUGUGCCAGUUCCCCCCCAACAGCCCUUGCCACUCGAGCCCCUGCUACAACGGGGGGACGUGUCAGUUUGCCAAAGAGCCACCCCAUUAUCGGUGCCAUUGCCCUGUCAACUUCAAUGGGCUCAACUGUCACAUCCUGGACUUUGACUUUCCUGGGGGCAAAGGUCAGGACAUCCCUCCCACCUCCUUCGAGGAGAAAUGUGAGAUCCCGGGGUGUGCCGGCCAAGCGGGCGACAAGUACUGCGACACCAAGUGCAACAACCACGCCUGCGGCUGGGACGGAGGGGACUGCUCACUCAACUUCAAUGACCCCUGGAAGAACUGCUCCCAGUCCCUCCAGUGCUGGAAGUACUUCAACGAUGGGAAGUGUGAUGCCCAGUGCAACAACACCGGCUGCCUCUACGACGGCUUUGACUGCCAGAAGGUGGAAGGACAGUGCAAUCCUCUGUAUGACCAGUACUGCAAGGACCAUUUCUCGGACGGCCACUGUGACCAGGGCUGCAACAAUGCGGAGUGUGAAUGGGAUGGCCUGGACUGUGCCAACAACAUGCCCGAGAAGCUGGCCGACGGCAUCCUGGUGGUGGUGGUUCUGACUACGCCGGAGAACCUGAAAAACAACUCCUUCAACUUCCUGCGGGAGCUGAGUCGCGUCCUGCACACCAAUGUGGUCUUCAAAAGGGAUGCCAAAGGGGAGUACAUGAUCUUCCCCUACUAUGGAAACCCGGAAGAGCUGAAGAAGCAUCACAUUAGACGGUCGGCGGAGAACUGGUUGGACGUGUCCAGUGCAGUCUUCCAAGUGAAGACCUCCCUCUACUCCAGGGUCACUCGAGAGUUGGACCAGCUGGACAUCUACGGCUCCAUUGUCCACUUGGAGAUUGACAACCGCCAGUGCAUCCAGUCCUCCUCUCAGUGUUUCCAAAGCACCACUGAUGUUGCUGCCUUCCUUGGUGCCCUGGCUUCUCUUGGCAACUUGGACAUCCCUUACAAAAUUGAGGCUGUUAAAAGUGAAAUUGCCGAUCCCCCGGGGAGUACUCCGUGGUAUCCCAUGUACGUGGUCGUGUCUGCUCUCGUUCUCCUGGUCAUCGUUGGCGUUGGAGUAUUAGCAUCUCGCAAGCGGCGAAGAGAGCAUGGACAGCUCUGGUUUCCCGAGGGCUUCAAAGUGACAGAGUCAAGCAAGAAGAAACGACGGGAACCCCUUGGGGAGGAUUCUGUGGGGCUGAAACCCUUGAAGCCCAUGUCUAAUGGAACUCUGAUGGACGACAACCAGAAUGAAUGGGGCGAUGAAGAGACAUUAGACACCAAGAAGUUCAGGGUGGAGGAGCAGGCUAUGCUGCCAGACAUGGAUGACCAUACAGACCACAGGCAGUGGACACAGCAGCAUUUGGAUGCAGCUGACCUGCGCAUUUCCUCCAUGGCUCCCACCCCUCCACAGGGUGAAAUCGAUGCCGAUUGCAUGGAUGUCAACGUUCGAGGACCAGAUGGAUUCACUCCUUUGAUGAUUGCCUCGUGCAGCGGAGGAGGGCUGGAAACCGGCAACAGCGAGGAGGAGGAAGAUGCCCCUGCGGUCAUUUCAGAUUUCAUUUACCAGGGGGCCAGCUUGCACAAUCAGACAGACCGCACAGGAGAGACGGCACUCCACCUGGCUGCCCGUUACUCCCGCUCGGAUGCUGCCAAGAGGCUUCUGGAAGCUAGUGCUGAUGCCAACAUCCAGGAUCACAUGGGCAAGACACCUCUCCAUGCUGCUGUGUCGGCAGAUGCUCAGGGCGUCUUCCAGAUUCUGAUACGGAACAGGGCCACCGACCUGGAUGCACGCAUGCAUGAUGGGACAACACCUUUGAUUUUGGCUGCCCGCCUGGCUGUAGAAGGCAUGCUAGAGGAUCUCAUCAGCUGCCAUGCAGACGUCAACGCGGUGGAUGAUCUAGGAAAGUCUGCUCUGCACUGGGCGGCAGCUGUGAAUAAUGUGGAAGCUGCAAUUGUGUUGCUGAAAAACGGGGCUAAUAAAGACAUGCAGAACAACAAGGAGGAGACCCCUCUUUUCCUUGCAGCCAGAGAAGGGAGCUACGAAACAGCCAAGGUUCUCCUGGAGCACUUUGCCAACCGGGACAUCACAGACCACAUGGAUCGCCUGCCGCGUGACAUUGCCCAGGAGCGCAUGCACCAUGAUAUUGUGCGCCUACUGGAUGAGUACAACCUAGUGCGGAGUCCACCUUUGCAUAAUGGGUCUCUGGGGGCUCCCACACUCUCUCCGCCCCUGUGCUCACCCAGCAGUUACAUUGGCAACUUGAAACCUGCUCUCCAGAGUAAGAAGGCCAGGAAGCCGAGCACCAAGGGCCUCAGCUGUAAUGGGAAAGAGUCCAAGGACAUCAAGGCCCGCAGGAAAAAGUCACAGGAUGGGAAAGGAUGCCUGCUCGACAGCUCCAGUGUCCUCUCACCAGUGGACUCCUUGGAGUCUCCCCAUGGGUACCUGUCAGACGUGGCCUCCCCUCCUUUAAUGACUUCACCCUUCCAGCCAUCUCCCUCCAUGCCCCUCAACCAUCUGCCUGGCAUGCCUGAUGCCCAUAUGACCAUGAACCACCUGAAUAUGGCAGGCAAGCAAGACGUGCCCAUGGGCACCAACCGAAUGCAGGCUUUUGACGCGGUGCCCCCACGCCUCUCCCACUUGGUCUCCAGCCCAAAUGCCAUUAUGAGCAGUGCGCCCUUAAGUUUCACCGUGAGUGGGGGUCCCAGCAUGAAUGGACAGUGUGAUUGGCUGAACAGGUUGCAGAACAGCAUGGUGCAGAACCAGUACAACCCCAUGCGCAGCGGCAUCCAGCAAGGGGCACACCAGCAGAACCAAGUGCUGCAGCACGGGCUGAUGACCGCCUUGCACAGCGGCCUGCCCAACACCACCUUGUCCCAGAUGAUGAGCUAUCAGGCCCUCCCCAACAGCCACCUCCCGGCCACCUCGCAGCCCCAUUUGCGGCAGGCUCAGCAGCUGCCACAGAUCCAGCCACAGCAAAACAUGCAGCAGCAGCAGCAGCAGCAGCCCCAAAGUGCCCCCUCAACUGCUAGCACCCACAUCAGCCAAAACUUCCUUGGGAACGAGCUGAGCCAGCCUGACAUGCAGCAAGUGACCGGUGGCGCUUUGGCAAUCCACCCCAUUCUGCCUCCAGACACCCAGAUCCUGGCCACUUCCCUGCCACCCGCCCUCACCCAGCCAAUGACAACCACCCAGUUUCUCACCCCACCUUCUCAACACAGUUACUCCUCCCCAUUGGACAACACUCCCAGUCACCAGCUGCAGGUGCCUGACCACCCUUUCUUGACACCUUCCCCGGAGUCGCCGGACCAGUGGUCAAGCUCGUCUCCUCACUCCAACCUAUCCGAUUGGUCAGAAGGCAUCUCGAGUCCUCCUACCAGUAUGCCAUCAUCACAAAUGGGACACAUCCCAGAAGCCUUCAAGUAAAGGGUGGAGGCUGGCAGGAGUGGAGGGUAAUCUCAGAAAUCUCCCAGCAAGAGCAACUUGGAGAGUUCUCUUCUGACAGAGAUGCUCAGAGUUGGACUGCAGCAAUCCUUUUUUAAAAAAAAAUAUUUUUACAUACAAAGUAAAAUGGAAUGUUUAAUUUUUUUUCUUUUUUAGUAUUUAUUUAUGUACUUAUUUUACAUGAAAACACUGCCUUUUUAUUUAUAUGUCCUGUUUUUGCUGGGCUCCAAGAAAUAUAACAUCUGUUAAUGUGUCUUAGAAUUUUUUCCCUCUUUUAAAACUUAUUGUAUCUAUUGUGUGUGUUUGUUGGGAAGGUUUUCUGCUAUAAAGCUAUAAGCAAAAGAUUAAUGUUCAUAAAAUGCCACUUAUUUAUUGAUCAGCGGAUGUUUUUAUUGUUUUUUUAAAUCCUGGAAAAGUCUGGGGUGGGGUAAAGAGGGAGAGUUGUUGCAAAUGUUACCUGUUUAAGAAAAACUGAUGAAUUUGAACUGUUUUAAUUUUUAAAAAGAAUUCACUGAAAACUUUUUGUAGGCUGAGGUUGGGAAUGUUUGGGUACCAGCUUUGCAUUAUUGUUGAAAGGUUUCAGUAUUACAGAGCUGUGUGUACAUUUUGUCUCCUUGCUAAUAGCACAUCUUGUUCUUUUAUUUAUUUUAAAAUGCUGCCUAUGAUCAAAAAAUCAGGAUCGCAGGUUCUAAGCUACAAAUGAAACCCAGGUGCUCCACCCCACCCCCUGCCAAAAGGACUUGUGCCCAAGCUUGUGGAAUAAGGAAACCAGAAAAAUUGUGGAUUAUUUUGUGCUGAAGAGGAACCUGGCUGGACUCUUGUUGUUUUUUAAAGGUGCUGCCUGAGAUAUCAUGUUAUUUUUAAAUGCUGUGACUUUUUCAAUGUGUUUUUGCGAACCACAUUCUUUUUAUGAAAGGAUCAGGAAAAUGCCAGUCGUAACAGCCAGAUCUCCACUGUAAGCCACAGGGGGUUGGAAGGUGCCCACUAUGGGAGGAUGAGGCUGAAACCUGCUCUGAUGACCUAACCCAUUAAGAGUCAACCCGUGUUGGGUGCUGUUUCAUGGCCGCAGUGUGGCAUGAGGGAACAUUACAGUCUGGCAAAGGGAGUAGGCCCUGUGUGGAGGGGCCAGCUGUGUUUUGGCCGUGUUCUAACUUCCUGUCAAACAGACAGUCUUCCUGCCCGCCCGCCCUCUCCCUCCCUCCCAUGGGUUCCAGUUGGCCUGUGGGCUUCUUCCUCCUGUGCACAGGGAAGUUGCCAGGCUAUGCCUGGGAAUGGGAGAGAUGGGAUCCAGCCUUGCUAAAUACAUUAUGACCAGUGGUGGGAUUCGGCAGGUCCGCACCACUUUGGCAGAACCGGUUGUUUAAAAUGGUGCUUGUGAACAGUUGUUAAAUUAUUUAAAUCCCACCACCGGAACCAGUUGUUAAAUUAUUUGAAUCCCACCACUGAUUAUGACAACUGGAUGUGAACAUUCAAACCAGAAUGACUUGGGACCAGGUAGCCUCAAGGGCUGUGGUUCAGAGAUAGCAAGGCCUUUGCAGCCUCUUGUGGCAGGGAGGAUAAAAGAGGGCCUGUCCAUCACUGCCAACUUCUCCCUUCCCCUUGGGCCCAAGUUCACUGCCCUAGGAAGAACAGCGUCCCAAGGGGCCAUCACAGCCAAACAGAAGGAGCGGAGUUCACGGUUUUUAGAUGUCAUCUUCUACAGGAAGACUCUUCGUAGUUUUCAAGAAUGGCAUGUUGUGUUAACUGUAGAGUUAUGCUCUUUUGGUGACCAGGUGAAUUUUGGGGCGGGGGGGAUUUUGUAAAAAAAAGAACUAUAUAUAUUUCGUAGAAGCCUAUGGCAAAGCUAAUGUUUUGUAAAUAAGGGUUUUUAAGAAAAACAAGCGUGGAUUUUGUUUCAAAAAUCUAAGUGAUUAUGUCUAAAGUAACCAUUGAGCUGGUUAGAGGUGUGGAAGAACUGCUAGAAGAGGUUGGGGCGGGGGGGGGGGGGCUUUGUGCCAAUGAGAAUGUGCAUUCCUUCAUAGCACUGGGGCUACUCCAGGAGAGUUUCUUGUGGAUUGGGGGUCUGAAGUUCCAAUUCCGUACGUCUUUGCUUCCAAAAAUGCCCCACCUAGACAUGCAGGAAACAGUCCCUGGAACCUGCAUUAAGGAAGCAAGCAAAGCAUCCUCGUUCAGGACUGUACAGACCGAUAUGGCUAAACUCUGUGGGAGGGGGGGUGGAUGCACAUCUUCCCCCUUUUUGCGGGGAGGGUCUCUCAAGCACCCACUUCUUAGGAAACACAGUGAAGUGCUACUGUCAGGGCAUCCCUAAAGCAAGCGAUAAUUAUACACUUUCUUGUAUUAAAUUGUUUAUGUUUUAUAAAAUAGAGUGUAGUUAUAAGUGGAGGUUGGUGAUGGCAAAAAGCAACCUGUAAUUAAAAAAAAUAUUUGCGCAAAACUGUAGUUUGCAAAAUGAUGUGUAUUUUUUGGUUAACUGAUUUGCAAUAAAUGAUGCUGGAGGGCAUCUAGAAUUUUACUAAAA